ACCAGCUUGCUCCCUGCCUCAGUCUACCCCCUGGGGUCCCGGCUUUCGCUGCUGCAAGCUCCAAACUGGGACUGCGGGCGUCAGACCCUCAGAGCUGAGUGGUAGGGAGUGCUACACUACUGCUCCAGGGGUCCGGGUGCCCCUGGCGGCUGCCGGAGGGUGGGCAGGCUCAGGCCAGGGAGGGCGCAGGUUGGUGCUCUCCCUGCCCUUGGUUUUUUCCCCAUGGCCCCCAUUUUCAGGGUUUUCCCAGUCCCUGGCCAUGCAGUGGGUGGGGCUGGAGCUGGGAGCCCAUUAAUGAUUAAUCUUGGACACAAGGCCUGAGCCUUGGGGGAGGAGGGGCAGGGAUCUCCCCUCUUCCCACCAGCCUUCCCCAGAACCUGUGGUCUGAGCAGGGGCUGGGGGCCAGGGUAAGGGACAAUCCCCUCUGCUUGAGGAAGGCCCUGCACUGUACCAUAGAGAGGGCAAGGCCACCAAGGAGAGGCUUGUGGGAGUAGGACAAACCCUGGUAUCCAGGAGGGGUCCCACAGGAAAUCCAAGAGUUCCCCUGUUUCCUGGACCAGUGCACAGGAAGGGAGUCCAGCUUGAUCUGCCCCCUUGGUGCCAAACAGCACAGGGCAAGACUGUGGUCCCUUCCCCGUGGGGCCCCUUCCGCACCUGCCUACAGCAGGAGAGGUGAUGGGCGCACAUCUGGUUGCUGUAACCCACACCAGUGGGAGCGAGUCGGGGGGAGAGAGCGGCAGCCCUGACAUCUGAUCAUCUGGGUUGCCAGGGUGACAGGUGCCAUGGAAAUCCUCGGGAGGACCGUCCUGUUGGGAGAAUCUGACCUCUUCUUUUACUGAGGUCUGGACAGGGUGUCUGAGAUGCCGCUGCCGCAGAAGAAGCGCUGGGAGUCCAUGGCCAAGGGGCUGGUGCUGGGAGCACUCUUCACCAGCUUCCUGCUGCUGCUCUACUCCUACGCUGUCCCCCCACUGCAUGCUGGCCUGGCCUCCACCAGGACCCCGGAGGGCACAGCACCCUGCUCCCCCGCCCCAAGUGACCCAGAGACGGGGACCCCGGCCAAUGGCUCGGCGGGAGGGUGCCAGCCGCGGCGGGACAUCGUGUUCAUGAAGACGCACAAGACGGCCAGCAGCACGCUGCUCAACAUCCUCUUCCGCUUCGGCCAGAAGCACGGGCUCAAGUUCGCCUUCCCCAACGGGCGCAACGACUUCGACUACCCGGCCUUCUUCGCGCGCAGCCUGGUGCAGGACUACCGGCCCGGCGCCUGCUUCAACAUCAUCUGCAACCACAUGCGCUUCCACUACGACGAGGUGCGGGGCCUCGUGCCGCCCAACGCCACCUUCAUCACCGUGCUCCGCGACCCCGCCCGCCUCUUCGAGUCCUCCUUCCACUACUUCGGCUCGGUGGUGCCCUUCACGUGGAAGCUCUCGAGCCAGGACAAGCUGGCCGAGUUCCUGCAGGACCCGGAUCGCUACUAUGACCCCAACGGCUACAACGCCCACUACCUCCGCAACCUGCUCUUCUUCGACCUGGGCUACGACAGCGGCCUGGACCCGGGCAGCCCGCAGGUGCAGGAGCACAUCCUGGAGGUGGAGCGCCGCUUCCACCUGGUGCUCCUGCAGGAGUACUUCGACGAGUCGCUGGUGCUGCUCAAGGACCUGCUGUGCUGGGAGCUGGAGGACGUGCUCUACUUCAAGCUCAAUGCGCGCCGCGACCCCGCCGUGCCGCGCCUCUCGGGCGAGCUGUACCGGCGCGCCACCGCCUGGAACGUGCUGGACGCGCGCCUCUACCGCCACUUCAACGCCAGCUUCUGGCGCAAGGUGGAGGCGUUCGGGCGCGAGCGCAUGGCCCGCGAGGUGGCCGCCCUGCGGCGCGCCAACGAGCGCAUGCGGCGCAUCUGCAUCGACGGGGGCCGCGCCGUGGACGCCGCCGCCAUCCAGGACGCGGCCAUGCAGCCCUGGCAGCCGCUGGGCGCCAAGUCCAUCCUGGGCUACAACCUCAAGAAGAGCAUCGGGCAGCGGCACGAGCAGCUCUGUCGCCGCAUGCUCACGCCCGAGAUCCAGUACCUGAUGGACCUCGGCGUCAACCUGUGGGUCACCAAGCUCUGGAAGUUCGUUCGGGACUUUCUGCAGUGGUGACAUCCCGCCUGCCCGGAGGCCCCCCUGCCUGCUCUCUCGCUGAGGAGGGGCCAGGCAGGGCCCGCUGGCCUCCCCAAGCCCCUCCUGGUGCCACCCCCGCCCCGGGGUGAGGUGGGGCUCCUGCAGGGACGCGGCAGGCCAGGACUGGGCCCACAGCACACCGGGCCUGAGAUCAGUAUUUGAUUAAUUAUAGUUUUUAUUAAAUCCCCUUCCCUCCAAAAAAGAAUGUUCUAUUUCCUGCCUCCCCUUAAAGGGGAGACUUCGGAAGUAAAGGAAUUUGAUGUUGUGUUUUUGUUAAUCAG